GGCCUUCGCACAAAACCAAUGAGAUAGAAAAAUGGUCCGGUGCAAUGGAAAUAUGUGAGGCCUCUAUCUGAUUGGGAAAAAACAGCCAUGACGAUACGGUUAUGGUUAUUCACCUCUAGUUAUAAGUAUUUUGAUAUUUUACAUCGAGUCUGAGGACUAGCAAUGGCAAUAAUAAACACCAACCUACUUGAGAAACAGAAAUCUUCCACAAUAUGAAUUCCCAAUGAAUAGAAGGCCUUUAAACUACUCUAAACAGAAAAAAAUCGAUGCUGGCCUCGAUUUCCAUUGCGGAAAAUAUUUUUCUACGAAGAACAAACGAUCUUUGAUUUCAAAAUAAUAGUUGGAAUCUAAAACUUACAAGGCAUGGACAGAUGCUUUUCAACAGAGUUAGAUUUUGGGGUAUACUGCUAUUACUCUUCGUCUAUUUAGUGGGCAUUCUGGUUCUGUCGGUUAUUUCACUUCAUGAUAACAAACAUGGACGAUACAGGAACGGUGUUGAAGUCACCCACCAACAUCUAUCGAAAUCGAAAAACUUCGACUUUGGCAUCCCAGGAUUCAGAUCGCCCUCUCGUAGAUCGAAGAUAAAUUGGUGUGCAGAUCUGAGGUACAUCGAUCCACCUGGAGAAACCAUUGCUCUGGCCUCUUUUCCAGGUAGUGGCAACACUUGGUUGAGAUACCUUCUGCAGCAGGCUACAGGACUCUUCACUGGGUCUGUGUACAAAGAUUACGGUCUACUGAAAAAUGGUUUCCCUGCGGAAAGCGUACUGAACGGAUCAGUUUUGGUGGUGAAGACUCACGAAUGGGGCCCAAAAUCCAGGAACAAGUUCUCGAAGGCCAUUUUGCUAGUUAGAGCCCCCGCGGCAUCAAUUCAAGCCGAAUUCAAUAGGCAAAGUGGCGGGCAUAUCGGGUUCGCUUCACCUGACCGAUAUAAGAGGAUGAGAGGUCGAUACUGGCAGCAGUUCGUGACGGACAAGCUGAACGGCUGGCAGCAAAUGAACCUCGACUGGCUGUACAACUUCACCGGUCCCACCCACGUGAUCUUCUACGAGCAGCUGGUGGACAAUGUGGAGCACACAUUGCGCACCGUCAUGGCGUUCGUGGGCGUGCGCGUGGACGAGGGUCUCGUCCAGUGUGCCAUGGAAAGAAAGGAGGGGAUAUACAGGAGGAAGAAGCGUGCUGUGAACUUCGAUCCCUACACCGAGAAGAUGAAGGAGAGGAUCAAGGAGGUGCAAGAGAAGGUGUACGGGGCCAUUUACAAUUUGGCAGCGCCUGCCACCAGUUGAUCUCACAUGUAGAUUUAUUAUUUGGAGAUGAGUCUAGAGAAAAAAAUUGUAGCCAGUUCCAGCGAGAGUGAAGGUCUCACGUGUAGAUGUUUUGUAUGAAGGGAAUUCUAGGGAAAAAAUUGGCUGUGCUGCCUCCAGAAUUAAGCUGAAGAUCGUAUUCUGGAGACUAAUACUCGAGGAACAGAAUAUAGAACACGACAAAAUGAUACUUAUUACUUAUUUCUUCAUAUGAGCACAUACUCUGAAAUGUUCUGAAACGGCUCGUCAACGAGAUGAAGGGCACUGAUGAAGUAACGUAUUUUUCAACGAAAAUUUGAAGAAUUUGAGCAUUCCAAUAUAUAUAUUGAUAGAUAUAACUUUGAGAUUUUGUUGAAGGGACAAACAGCAGUGAUAAAAAGAGGUGCAAGUAAGUGAGGUGAUUCAUAGUGUUUACUUUUCAAUGAGGUGAGAAAGCUACUCCAAUAUUAUUGAAUGAAUACCUAGUUAGUAAGGAAGAGGUAUAUUAUCUGUUAAUCGAAAAAAAAAUUGCAAAAAUCGGCCUCAUUGACCACAUUUUCAUCAAGCUAGUGACCUCAGAAUUUUUCAAAACGUGUCAAGACUCGCUUUUCUGUUUAUAAUCAAACAUUUCCCAUGCUCAAACAUUUCAAGUACUUACUUAAACAAACAAGGGAUACAUUAUCUUGUUUCCUGGAAUAUUAAUUGUCUCAAAUUCACAUCAUCGUCGAGAAAACAGUGUUCAAAAAUCCACAUUUAUGUCCACCUCUUGUAGAAAUGUAAAUUCGAACAACGAAAUCAAAAGAACAACAAUCCAUAACAACAAAUUAGACAAUCAAAAUAAUCAAAACUAUAAUCUGUUUGAGGUGACAUUAUGAAAAAUUCGUCCUAAAAUUGUCCAUUUUGACAAAUAUUCUAUUGAAACAAAUGAGUUCUCGAUGUUUUCGGUGAACUAGUGCCAUUGGGUCAAUGAAGAGGGAAUAUUAUACCAACCUCUAACCUAUACUAACCAGGUUGUCAUUAAAAACGACAAU